CAUCAUCACCUUUCAAAGUCACUGAAAAAAAUCUCUUGAAUCUCACCAAUUUUUAAAAAGAGAAAUUUAUUUGUCAACCACAUUUCACAUUUUAUCAUUAUUUUCAUUCGAAUAAAAUAAAUGAUGGAAGUACAUGUGGCCAAGAAAUAUCGUGUGGGCCAUAAAAUUGGUUCGGGUUCGUUCGGUGUUAUCUAUAUUGGAACAAAUAUAACGACCAAAGAAGAAGUAGCAAUCAAAUUGGAAGAUGUUGCAUCAAAGCAUCCACAACUUCAUAUCGAAAGUAAAUUCUAUCGUGUUAUGGCUGGUGGAAUCGGAAUACCACAGCUAAAAUGGUUCGGUACCGAAGGCGAUUACAAUAUUAUUGUGAUGGAUUUAUUGGGUCCAAGCCUAGAAGAUUUAUUUAAUUUUUGUACAAGAAAAUUUACAUUAAAGACUGUAUUAUUAUUAGCCGAUCAAUUGAUUAGUCGUAUUGAAUUUAUACACAGUCGUGAUUAUAUACAUCGAGAUAUUAAACCGGAUAAUUUUUUAAUGGGCCUUGGUGAUCGAGGCAAUCUUGUAUAUAUAAUCGACUUUGGUCUUGCCAAACGUUAUCGUGAUCCAAAAUCUCGCCAACAUAUACGAUAUAGAACUGGGAAAAAUUUGACCGGUACGGCACGUUAUGCAAGUCUUAACACUCAUCUAGGAAUUGAACAAAGCCGCCGUGAUGAUCUAGAAUCUCUUGGCUAUGUUCUGAUGUAUUUUAAUCGUGGUUCGCUUCCUUGGCAAGGUUUAAAAGCCAACACUAAACGACAAAAAUAUGAACGUAUUUCGGAAAAGAAAAUAUCAACAACAUUAGAAGAAUUAUGUCGUGGUUAUCCGGCCGAAUUCAUAGCCUAUCUUACUUACUGCCGUGAAUUACGUUUUGAUGAAGAUCCGGAUUAUGUUUAUCUUCGUUCAUUAUUACGUGUAUUAUUUCAUAGGCAAGGAUUUAGUUAUGAUUACGUUUUCGAUUGGAAUAUUCUUAAAUACGGAAACUAUGCAAAUAAUCGACAAGCCGGACCACAACGAACACAAGCCACAAAUAAUCAUCUAAUGUCAGGCGGUAAUUGUUGUAAUAUGACAAGCCAGGUGAUUGGUAAUAAUUCACAAAAUGCAACAUUAUCACCCAAUGUAACACCAAUGAAUUCAAAUUCAUUACAAUUAAAAGCAACGACAAGCGGUGCUUCUGGAGCCGGUGGUGCUGGCAUCGGAAUCACUGGUAAUCAUAGCGGACUAGUUGGUAGUGGUGGUGGUGGACCUAGUUCAUCACAUAUGCAUCCAUCGGUACCAUUAAAUUUAACAUUGAAAAAUGUUAUACAGUCAUCAGCGGCAAUGAAUAUGGCCGCAUCACGUCAAACAUCGAUGCAAGUGCAACCUUCAUCAAGUGGUAUGCAAUCCGGUGUUGGUGGCGGUCCAGGUGGUGGUGGUGUAGGUUCUGGAGGUGAUCAAUUACAUUGUACAAAUUCAACGGUUGCUGGAUCAUCUAAUGGUCAACAACAUUCAUUAUAUCGUAAACCACCAAAUGUCCAUAUAAUGCCACCAACGCAUACAUCGAUUCGUAAUCUGACUAUUUAUCAGAUGUCCAAUAAAAAUAAUCACGUUACAACCGUAGCGGCAGCGGCCGCAUUUCAAUCCAACGGUGCGCUGCAAACGAAGCAAUAAUAAUUAACAUUUUUGAAA